AUGGGUAAUGAAGAUGAAAUGGAGCAACAGGUUGAUCUGACCAAAGCUGAAAAAUUGUCGGAGUAUAAACAAUUGCGCUCGUCGACCAAGGGAAAUAUAACUCGAAUUAAAACAGCGGUCAGCAAGAAGAAUGUUCCUAUCGAGGAGCUGGGUUGCAGGUUAGAUAUUUUGGAAGCCUACUUCAAGCAGGCAUUGUCGAUUAGUACCAGCAUACUUCGACUGUGUACUCCAUCGGAAUGUGAGUCCCACGAGAAGGCAAUGGCAGACAUCGAGGAUAUUUACGUUGCAGCUAAGGCGAAAAUAAAAGAGAGGCUGGCUGCAAGCCGGGUUGAUGCCGAGGCAAGUGCGCUUAACGUUACAACGGCGGCGAUUCCGCAAUCGUCAAUGAGGCGUCAUAUAAAACUACCAACAUUCGAUGGAAAAUACUCGGAGUUUCCGAAAUUUAUGGCGACUUUCCAUAAGAUGGUGAAUCAAGAUGAAACCUUGGACGAUUGCGAGCGGUUUUUAAUUCUUAAAGAUAAUUUAUCCGCACGAGCACUUCACGCCAUUGAUGAAUUCGAGAUUACCAGUUUAAAUUAUAAGAAGGCGCUUGACCGGCUGAGGAGUAACUUCGAUAAAAAAAAUUUAAUGUUCGAGGAACAUAUUGCGGCAUUAUUUUCUGGGAAAAAGGUGUCGAGCUCGAGCGAUUUGCGGGAAUUGAUUGACUCAGUGAACACUCAUUUAAACGCGAUGCUGUCGUUUGGUAAUUAUAAAGACAUAACUAAUGCUAUGAUCAUCUAUCUUGUAGCAACGAAAUUAGAUGAGGAAUCCUUGGCAAAGUGGGAGGAAUCUAUCGACUAUACAAGGCUAUCCACUUGGGAUGAAUGCUCCGCAGUGUUGACUAAGAGAUGUGAAAAUAUGGAGGCUCGAGAGACAAGAACGGCACGCUGUGGCGAGAACGAGGACGAUGGAAGCAAAGCUAAUCGCAAGGCGGUUGGUUGUAAAAAAACGUUUUGGCUAUAG